AUGGCGCUCUUUCUGCGCGAGCUGCACGCCCAGGCCAGCCGCGCAGAGGAAUUCCCCGUCGAGAGCAUGGCUGCCGCGGUUGUUAAACUCGAGAGGUCGUACGCGUACUUGGUGGACAAUGUGUGGGACGUGUAUAACUCGCUGGAGAAGGACGUGUUGUUUCCGUGGGUCGCGAAAGGCGUGCCGGAGAAUUACGCUGUCGCGAGGGCUUUACUGCUUUUUGGGAAGGAGAGGGAUCGUAUCGAGGAUACUGUCGAUAUGUUGCAUAACAGGUUUUCGAGGGCCGUUUGUAGCACCGGGUACGCGUACUCGUCCAUGGGCCCGUGUAGGAGGAAACGCCAGUGUGCAAGUAAGAAGAGGAGGGGAAAGAGGAGGAGGGAGCGCCAGGAUAAAAAGAUGAGACAAGCAGCAUUGAAUGGGGAGUCGGGGGAGAGUGAGCAAGUGAGGAGGAAGAAAGCCAACAUGCAGAUCAGGGAGGGCUACAGUCCGACGGAAGAGGAAGGGAAGACAGCGGUAGGAAACAAGUUGAGGGCGAUGAACCCGGAUGAAGUUUUGGUGCUUGCAAAGGAGAUGGGUGAAAUUAUUGAGGAUACAGAGAGGUUGCAUAAGACAGAGAGGGGGUUGCUCUAUCCGCUUAUCGCAGGUACGUUCCCGGAGCACGAGCAGGCCAGGUUGACAAAUGUGCUCGUAUACUCUAUGCGUGCGGCGUUGGCCAAAUUUACUAUAACCAUUUAUCAUCAGGCGGUCGAGAAGCAUUCGGCCAGGUCGCAGUGGAGUAAUUACAAGAAGGAGGUCCCCUUGCCAAUUCGCGUGUACACACCCGUGUGGAGGAAACGCUUGUUUGACGAUAGCCCACUCGGAUGGCUUCGCACCAGCAAGCCAAAAAAUCUUCUCAAGUAGAUCGAAGUGCGGCACGGGCAAGUCCAGGAGAACUUCAAAUAGUCCGGUUUUGAGUCGGCAACGAGUUAACAUUUUUGAACCAGGAGCCUUUGUCAGAAUCGCAGGGAUGCAAGCAGAGUUACGAGUGCGAUACUGUAUAUAAAAUAGGAGUUCAUGAGCGGCAGGUUUCCACACGCAACCUCGCACCGCUUG